UGUAAUAGUUAGGUAUACUUUAUUAUUGUCAGAAGUCCAUAAAUCUGUUGUAGCAGCCGUAUAUUCAACUAAAUGUAGAAUAUCUACAAUUAUAGUGCGUGCGGCAUGAUAAGCAUCAGGAAGAAUUUUCUCUCUUAAAAGUUUCCUGCUACCGCGGGUAAACAUGUCACAAUUUGAAUUUCUCACUCGGUUCGGUAUAAACCACUCGAGUGGUACGAGUCAACUCGAGUCACUCGUAAUUCGAGUCGACGCGAGUCACUCGAAACUCGAGUCGUCAAAAAUUUAACUCGAGUGCAUGUAAUAUAAAAACUACUCGAGUCACUCGAGUGAAAAGCAACUCGAAUCCCAUCACUAAUUCCCAUGAACACUUACAUUUACUCGUCUUUGCGGCAGGUUCCGUUUGUAAUUAUAUCUAUAUAAGUACCUACCUUACUAUUUUUUUGCUUAUUUUACUGCUGAAUCUGCAGAAUAUAUAAAAAAAAAUAUUCGCUAUGGUAAAUAUGUUUUAAAUCCUGACAAUUUGAUUUUAAAGUUUAAACAUUAAUAAUGGAAGCUAACAUUCAGAAAUACUGCCCCAACUGCAGUCAACUAUAUAAUUUAGUUCAAAAUCCACCAAAAGGGAACAAUAUACCGUUGUUUCUAUCAUGUGGGCAUACCAUGUGUGAGAAAUGUAUCAGAAACAUUGUGCAAUUUGGUGAACCUAUAGAAUGCAAAGUAUGCCAUCGUGAUAUGGCCAUUGACAGCAAUGAGUUGGAUUUGUUGAUGCAAAACAAAAUAAAAUUAUAUCAGUUGUUUCCCAUAAAUGUGCAUAUGCUUGGUGAAAUCUACUCGCAGCUACUGGAGGAAAAAUCUGAACCAAAAAGAAGCACAGCACCAAUAAAUGAUUUCAUUGAUAUAAAAACAAUAAUAAAUAGUAUUGAUAAUACUCAAGAAGAAUGCUUGGAGUGCCAUAUGUCCACAGUAAAAAUGUGCCAACAGUGUGGUAUAAUUCUAUGUGAUACAUGCUUCAACAAAACACACAAGAAUUUUGUUAUUUUCAAAAACCACUAUCUUAAAAAUAUAGAACCAAUAAACAAUGCAAACAAUUGUCCUACUCACAAAGACAAGAGCUUAGAUUAUUAUUGCAAGGAUUGUUCAAAAUCUAUUUGUAUGGACUGUAUGAUGGUUGGUGGAGUGAACUCCUGUAAAAAUCAUGACACUGUCUCCAUACAAGAAAUAAAUGAUAAUUUUAUUGAAGAUUUAAACAAUAUUUCGCCAAAAGUUGACGAAAUAUUUAGGAGACUAACUAAAACUGCAUCUGAUAUAGGUCAUUUGCUGUACAAUAUUGAGAAUGGGAUGGAGUCGUCCCAGUUUACACAAAUGAUUGCUGACAUUGAACAACAUUUCUCCAAACUUAUUUCUCAAAUUCAAAUACAUAAACAAAAAGUCAUAAGUGCUGUCACAAAGCAUAAGUACGCUGAAAAGGACUCUCUUGUUAAUGCUAAAGAUGAUAUUUGUGAAGCAAUAAAAAAGACAAAAGGCAUUCUAAAUGCAAUAAAUUUGUCUACUGACCCUAAAAUACUAAAAAAGGCUAACCUCACUGUACUAUAUGAAGAUGCUCAGAAAAUUGUCAAGACUCCGUGGUAUUUAAAAAAAGAUGAAAAAGCUGAUAAAACAAUUAAAGUGGUAGUGAAAGAAGACAUUGUUGAUCUAGUCCGUGAUUAUGUUCACUUGGAAGGGGAGGCAACUUCGGUAUAUAAACUGUAUUCUACAUCAGAACUCGAAGAUGUAGAAAUACCCCCACCACCUCCUACACUUGUGUACCCUCCAGAUCUGCCAAAAGAUGUCAGAGAAUCCAAGAAAACAAAGGAAGACAAAUCGAGCGUGAAGCCCACAUUUUAUAAGUUUGCACCUAAUUAUCGCACCAAAUCUGGUUCAAUCACGUCGCUCCACUCAUUUAGCAGUGAAUCUUCAAGUCGUUCGGUUCCACAAAAUGAUUACAUCCAAAGACCAGCGGUUCAACAUGUUCCACCAUUUGCUGAAAGUCAACACCCUAAACAACUCACAGAAGGUGCACAAGAAUUAAUAUACAUAUCGCAUAUUGUAAAUCCCCAUAAUUUCUUCGUACAAAGAUCUUGCCAUCAACCGCUUGUGAAAGAAAUGAUGCGAGACUUUCGUAACGCAGUCUCCCUGCCAAAACCAUCUCUAAAUCACGUUGCAGAAGGAAAGCUCUACCUUGUGUUCAACAAACCAGAUAACUUAUGGCAAAGGUGCCGUGUCAUAAGUAUCGACAGAAGGGAUAUUAAUAAACCAAUAUUCCAAGUGUUCUGUAUUGAUUUCGGUAGCACGGAGUCUGUCACUAUUGACGAAUUACGCCUCCUGCCGCCAGCGAGAUUGCAAUCACCAUUCCCCCUAGCCAUAAACUGUUCACUGGCAAACUGUGUCCCAAAAUCAGGAGGCUGGACCAGUGAAGAGUCAUUCCUGAUACAAAAUAUUAUUGACAAUAAACAGGCGGUGAUCCACGUACGUCGGGCUAGUUCCACGUCCAACUACUCUGUUACGCUGGAAUGCGAUGUGACCACAUUCGAAGAUGGAAUUAGUCUCGCACACGCUCUAGUAUUUCACGAGCGCGCCAGAAUGCCUAACCCGAAGCUACAAUACCCAAAUAUUCCUGGUGUUAUUGAAAAACCAAAAAUUUUUAUGAGUAACUCAGACUUGAAACCAAAAUCUGUUGAAGAAGUCUACUUAACCACUGUCGUGAGUCCCGAUAAAUUCUUUGUCAGAAAGCGUCAUUUACAAAAUAUUUAUGAUAAACUCACUGAAGAUUUACUGCAAGAGUACAGCUUCAGUGACAAUACUGGAAUUGUUUACCUACCUGAAAUGGGUAUGGUGUACGCAGUGAACUUAGACAAGGCUCAGAAUAGUGCAGGCGACGGCGACGGAUGGGCGCGGUGCAUUCUCUACGAGUUGCCCGGCCGCGGCCGCGUGCGUGUCCUGCUACCUGAUACCGGCGAAGUCCUCCUGGUGCACUGGACCGCACUCCGCCGGCUACACCCCAAAUUCACCACGCUCAAAGCCCUCUCAAUCGAAUGCCACUUGGCUGGCGUGACGCCUCUCAAUAAAAAAUGGAGUACUGGCUCUGUGGCACUGUUACAAAGAUUUGCAGACCGUAUCCUGGAACUGCAUGUGGAGGACAGCCGCAAUCGAGGUUCGAUCGGCGUCACUCUUUAUGACAAAGCUGACGAAGAAAACAUUAUCUGUAUCAAUACUGAAAUGAUCAAAUAUAAAUUUGCAGUGACUUUUGGUCUCUUUAUGUUCAAUAAAAAUAAUGCUGUGGAGGAUCAAGUAUUCACUAACAAAUCUCCUUUAGAAAUACCCAAAAAAAUUAAAAAAUCUGAAAAAAUUGUUAUACUAAAAAAAAAAGGUUCACCAAAGCUGAAAAUUAAUGAUGAAGAUUUACAAGCAAAAGAUAAAGGACCUCUGAGGUUGGAGGCAAAAGUUCUACACUAUACGUCACCGUCGCUUUUGUAUGUUUCUUUAGUUCAUCAGCAAAAACUUUUCAAUGAACUAUUCGAAAAAAUACAGAAGUAUUAUUCAAGCAAUAAGCAAAUCCAGAGUAAGACGGAAUGGAAAGUCGGAGAUCGUUGUUGUACUAUUUGCAUUCAGUCACAAACAUGGCGGCGCGCUGCUAUCGUAGAAAUAGAAGACAGCAAAGCUAAGAUAUUUUAUUCCGACUUCGCUUGUGUAGAGACAGUCUCUAUCGACAACUUGCGAGAGCUACCACCUGAGUUUGCAUCCAUAGGGGAUGCUGCCAUAAAAUGUCAUUUAUGUGGAGUAAUACCAGCCGUUGGAGAAGAAUGGCCAUCGCUUACCAAAGAAUAUUUAAAAGAGUUACUUGAUGCCUACAAAAGAGUAUUCAUCACAAAACUUGGCAAUUUCAAGGAUAAAAGUAUGCCUAUAGAAAUCUGGGUAUACCAUACAAUUCAAGGAGGCGCUUUAGAGCCAAAUAAAUCAGAAUGGCGAUGUCUCAACAAGAAGAUAAUUGAACAAGGCCUAGGUAUCCCAGAUAAAAUGCAGGAGGCACCUACACCCGACAGCGCUACAGAGUCAAAUGAUGAUAUGUUAUCAUUCUUGAAUAUAACUGGAUCAGUCCGUGAAUGGCUACAAUUAGAGCCAUUACCGUCACAGUCUGUAACAAAUAAACCUGAAUCUGAUAGUUGUCCUUCUAGUCCUGUUGAUUUUGAAGAAUCUAGAGAAACAGAAGAUCAACCAAGUUCGUCAAAUACAGUGUUUAUAUCAGAUUGGCUUCCACCCGAACCGCUGCAGAAUAAGGAAUUUACAGCAGUGCCCACGUACAUUGACAAUGAUGGUGUCAUUUAUUUACAUGAUGUGUCACAAGAAGAUACUCUGGAUUUAAUUCGAAAAGCACUCGAUGUCCGUUUUAAAAAUCCAGAUCCCAAAGCGAAAUACGCCAAGUGGACGGUCGGUGAGCCGUGUAUAGCACUUUUCUUUUUAGAUAAUCGUUUCUAUAGAGGAAGAGUGUUGGAAGUGAAUAAUGAUACAUCCAGCUGCCUCAUUCAUUACAUUGAUUAUGGUAAUGAGGAAAUAUGUUCAUUCUCAAACUUAAGAAAAAGUAUUGCACUGUAUCAGAUACCAACACAAGCACAUAAAUGUAUUCUGAAUCGAAUACGGCCCGCCGGCCCUCAAUGGGAUCGUCAAACACUGGAUUACAUUCACAAAUCUGUUGUUGAGAAACAUUGCUUGGUUAAAAUAACUGGUGAAGAAGUUGGUGAUUUAAUACCAAUUGACUUGAAAUAUGACAAAUUGUGGUUCAAUGAUCAUUUAGUUGACUUUGAAAUGGCGAAAUACACGGAUGGUUCCAAAGCAAUUAUACCUAAGUUUGUAAUGCCCAAAACUAUUAAAAGUAAAAGCGAAACUAUUAAUUUUGAAUAUGAUUCAGGACCAGAUUACAUAGUCGAAGAGGAGGAUACUCCAUUAGAAUCAUCACAAAGUUCACUAGAUAUAAAAUGUUUAGAAGGCAAAGAUUGGAAUAAACUUAUUGAAGAAGAGGAGCAAGAAUGUCUAGAUGGAAAAUAUGUUACUUAUCCGGAAAAUACUGAUGACGAAUUUUUGUGUAACAUUGGAGUAAUAAACGAUAUGAAUUUACUAGAGUUGAGUGUUAUACAUAAUGAUGAAACAAAUUUACUGUAUGAAGAAUUAUAUGCAAAUGUUCAAAAAAUGGGUGGCAAUUUAUCACCAUUAAAUGGAAUAUUUGAAAAUAAAGCAUGUGUUGCUUUGUUUCCAGAAGAUGCCCUAUGGUACAGGGCAUCCAUUUUAGAAUAUAGUGAAGCGAAAAAUCAAAUUAAAGUAAAAUAUGUGGAUUACGGCAACAUUGAAGUUAUUCCUCUAAGUGAUGUUAGAGAAAUAUCAGAUGAAUUUACAGAUCUUCCACCAUCAACUAUUACUGUAAAAUUACAUGGAGUUUUAUUAAACCCACAUGUAGAUAUUGAUGUUAUUACUAAAGAAUAUAGCAAGACAUUCUUAGGCAAAGGACCGUUUAAGGCUAAAGUGAUUAAACAUGAUGAUAAGAUACCAGUAGUUGAAUUAAGAGAUGAUAAUGACUUGUUAGUAUAUGAAAAUCUCAUUGAUGAAGGGGUACUCUUAAAAAUCUAAAUAUAUCUUACUUGUAUGUUAAUUAAGUACUCUCUUUUCUUAAUUUUCUAGAAAUAUAAACAAGUUAUUUUUGUUAUCUCUAUAUUUGUAACCACAUAAAAAUGUUACAUUAUUUGAUUUAAAUAUAUUUUCGAUUUACUAUUA